CUUGGGAGGACAGCCGAGGAGGCAGGGUCCUUCUCCUGAGCGGUCGCGCAGGCAGCGGCCGCUAGAAGCCGGAGACCGGGCGUCAUGUAUUACAAGUUUAGUGGCUUCACGCAGAAGUUGGCGGGAGCAUGGGCUUCCGAGGCCUAUAGCCCCCAGGGAUUAAAGCCUCUAGUUUCCACAGAAGCACCGCCUAUCAUAUUUGCCACACCAACUAAACUGACUUCUGAUUCUACUGCAUAUGAUUAUGCUGGGAGAAACAAAGUUCCAGAGCUGCAGAGGUUGUUCCAGAAAUCCGAUGGUGUGCCCAUCCACCUGAAACGAGGCCUGCCUGACCAAAUGCUUUACCGGACCACCAUGGCGCUGACGCUGGGAGGGACCAUCUACUGCCUGAUCGCCCUCUACAUGGCUUCACAGCCCAGAAACAAAUGAGUUGGGCUGCAGAGGACUGGUUUGCUUUUUGGCAUAAACCCUUUGAAUUUUCAUUUUUCAUUGUUUCUGUAAAAUUUUUCUUUUUUACUUGAAUGGUCUACUUAACAUUUUGCAGGAAAAAUAGGAAGAUAUUAAGACGGUAUUUUGGUUUGUUUAUGAAAUGCUCAUGGCCUGUCAGAGCUCAUUCGACAGUUAAAACUGUUGUUUAAAGCAGUGCUGCUGCUCUCCGAGCUUGGGCUCCUGAUUCCCCGGGAGGUUCUGCAUGAAGGUUGCACGCAGGCUCGUGAACAGCAGUCUGUGCUUAGGGUCUUGGGGACUUAGAGUGGGGUUUUGAGCAUGGGGUGCUGAAGCCUUUCUAGGUUUGGAUGUGAGCGGGGAAGGAAGACCGAAGUGAGGCCAAGCACAUAAACUGAGGGAUUUGAGUUAGUGGUCACCUUGGGGAUUUUUCCAUCUUGCAGUAAAAUGUUAACAGAAAUUAUCUGCAGCCUGUCUCUAUUCAUCAGGCAGUUUGUUUCUAAGGGUUAUUUGCCUCAUCUCAGAUCUUUAGUGACGUUUUUUGUGUAAUUGUUGUGUAUUUAUUCCACCAUGGGAACAGAGAACACCUGUUUAGUGUUGCACUUUAGACUGAUGUCUGUUUUAUUAAUGCAGCUGUGACACAAAUUCCCCUUUACCUUUUAAAAAUGUUAUGGCUUUAAAUUAUGAUUUAUUUUGAUUGUGGAAUAAAUACAUGGAUUAAAAAAUCUCAA